AUGACUUUCUGGACGGCCCCGCGCCCCCGAGAGGCGCCCCCCGCGAGGGCUUACCUCCAAAACUUCACUCGGCAUAAUACACCCAACUUCCCACUAUACAUCGUUGGAAGACAAGAAAUGGCCCUCUCAACCAUUGCGACUUCGACUGAAGUCAGGGAUAUCGUCAAGCUCGAACGGAUCGGUGCUCAUUCUCACAUUCGUGGAUUGGGGCUGGAUGAGCGACUGGAACCGAAGCCCAAUGCGCAGGGGAUGGUCGGUCAGAUCAAGGCGCGAAAAGCAGCGGGCGUGAUUCUGAAGAUGGUCCAGCAAGGACGGAUUGCAGGUCGAGCAAUUCUCAUGGCCGGCCCACCUAGUUCAGGAAAGACAGCAAUUGCAAUGGACUUGAUACUCAUGCCUCACUCAUCCCGGAACACCUGGUCUGAAGGUAUGGCCCAGUCUCUGGGAUCCAACGUGCCUUUCACGACUCUCUCGGCCACCGAAAUAUUCUCACUGGAGAUGUCUAAAACAGAAGCUCUGACACAGGCCUUUCGACGAUCAAUUGGCGUUCGGAUCAGAGAAGAAAGUGAGGUGAUCCAAGGUGAGGUGGUCGAGAUUCAGAUCGAUCGCAGCUUAACCGGUGCAACAAAAACCGGCAAGUUGACGAUGAAGACGAGCGACAUGGAAACGAUUUAUGAACUGGGAAACAAGAUGAUUGAAGGUCUGAACAAGGAGAAAGUGAUUGCAGGCGACGUGAUCUUGAUCGAUAAAUCAACUGGAAAGAUCUCCAAAUUGGUUUCCUUACAUGAGAUCGAUGUUAUCAACUCACGGACACAGGGAUUUUUAGCCCUGUUUAGUGGUGAGACGGGGGAGAUCAAGUCGGAGCUUCGAGACCAGAUCAACUCCAAAGUGGCAGAUUGGCGAGAAGAGGGCAAGGCAGAGAUCGUUCCCGGAGUACUGUUUAUUGACGAAGUUCACAUGCUAGAUAUCGAGUGCUUUUCGUUCUUGAACAGGGCUCUAGAGACCGAACUGGCGCCAAUAGUCAUCAUGGCCUCCAAUCGAGGAUGGGCGAGGAUCAGGGGUACCAGAUACAAAAGUCCACAUGGCGUUCCAAUGGAUUUAUUGGAUCGAGCACUGAUCAUUAGCACCAGCGCUUACUCGGCCGAUGACGUUCGUACUAUACUAUCAAUCCGAUGCGAGGAGGAAGAUGCAAUCUUAACGCCAAAGGCAUUAGAAAUUCUUACACGGAUAGCAUCAGAAAGCUCACUGAGAUAUGGGAUUCAGCUAAUAACGACAUCGUCGAUGGUAGCCAAACGAAGGAAGUCGAAAGAAGUAGAUGUCCCAGACAUCAAAAAGUGCUACAGCUUGUUUUUGGACGAAAAGCGGAGUGUGUCGUAUCUGAAGGAUAAUAAAGAUGGCGAGUUUAUUGGCGACGACGGGAACAUUGGGCUCUAUGAUAGCAGCCUUUCUGGCUUCCCUGCUGCGCCUACAGCCGCUGUUGCUCAGCCUCAGCUUCCUGUCGACCGGGAAGCUGAGAAACCUAUCCCUGGAGUCGGUCAGCCUGCAGGAGUAGAAAUGGAUACCACAUAA